CCUGGCAGGCAGGCUUGCCUGGGAGGGAUCUGCCGUCAAAGCCACCCAGGAAAGGAGGCCUGAUACGCUCAUUAAUAUUCCGAACUAGUGACCCUUCUUUUUCUUUCCACCCCUCGCCUUUCUCUGGGCGCUCCAGCCUCUCCCCGCCGCGGAUGGCUGCAGCCCCCUCCAGCUGAGUCAGUCCUCCCUCCCCGCAGCAUUGCAGCACCUCCGCAGCUCCUGCGCUCCUUCCUGCUCCUGCAGCACCGCUCCGCUCCCGCCGCAGCAUGGCCAGCACCGUCUCAGCCUACAAGGAGAAAAUGAAGGAGCUGUCUCUGCUCUCCCUCAUCUGCUCCUGUUUCCACACCCAACCCCAUCCCAACACCAUCUACCAGUAUGGAGAUAUGGAGGUGAAGCAGCUGGAUAAGAGGGCAUCAGGCCAGAGCUUCGAAGUGAUCCUGAAGUCCCCUUCAGAUUUAUCCCCUGAGAGCCCAAUCCUUUCCUCCCCUCCCAAGAAGAAGGAUCUGUCCCUGGAGGAGCUCCAGAGGAGGCUGGAGGCUGCAGAAGAGAGGAGGAAGACCCAGGAGGCGCAGGUGCUGAAGCAGCUGGCGGAGAAGAGGGAACACGAGCGGGAGGUGCUGCACAAGGCGCUGGAGGAGAACAACAACUUCAGCCGCCUGGCCGAGGAGAAGCUCAACUACAAGAUGGAGCUGAGCAGGGAGAUCCGUGAGGCACAUCUCGCUGCCUUGAGGGAGCGGCUCCGCGAGAAGGAACUGCACGCAGCCGAAGUCCGCAGGAACAAGGAACAGCGGGAGGAGAUCUCUGGAUAAAGGGCUUUUCUACACAUCUAGCACCUGAUUCCUAUUAACAAACCAACCAAUCGACCAACCAACACAUUUUAUUUUGUUUGUCUAGAUGUGACAUUUGGUCCUUCAUUCCCCCUCCCCGGUGUUUGUCCCCAGCUACACGCUUCUCUCUGCAUCCCUAAUCGUCAGUGCUUGUGGGGAUUCACAGAUCAUAGGGACCUCUAAGCAGAAUAGCAGCUAGUUCACAUCAAAUAGAGAAUCAAAUCAGUUGACCAGUCAAUCAAACAGCUUCUUUGGAAGGUUUUGUCCUUUUUUAAAAAAAAAAAUAUUUCUUAAACUCAUGUAAAAAAAAAAUCCAAACAAAGAUAUUAAUAAAUUCAACCAGCAGUGUCACAGAGAUACAGAUUUCUUAUCUGGGGCUUUUCCUCCUCUUGGUGUUUGCUCUGAGCCAAAUAUCAGUUUCAGAAAAAUGGGAAGUAAGUGAUCAUUUCUGUGUGUGAAGUAAAAUAGGGAGCAGCCCCGUUUGCCCGUGGUAGGAGAGAGGAAGGAGAGGGAUGGAUGGCUCAGGAGCCGCAGUGUGCAGAUCCCCCAUCUCUUGGCUGCCUCCAGAGCCAGCCCAGGCAGGCAGUGACCCACAGUCCUCAUCUUUGGGUGAUUUUUGAGAGCCUGUGUGGAAGCAGCUGAGGGGGUCCACCCAAAGCUUGGUGCCAGGUGCCACAUCACAGCAAGUCCCUGUCACAGUGGGCACUGCCUGAUGCCCUGGUUGGCCACUGAGCUGCCCUCUCCCUGGCUGAGCGGGGACUGAGGUCUUGGCCACUCUGCCCGGGAGAGCCACAGGUGGUGAUUGCAUUCCCAGCUCCGUGGGAGCCCUGGGAGAGGACCUUCAUCCUCUGUGGGCUCCUCAGUGCUCCCACAACACAGGAUUCCACUCGGUUAGGAAAGCAAAUCCAACAGAGACGGGGCGUGGUUGUGAAACAGCCUUUUAGUGAACAGAAUAAUCCUUCCCUCUUUCCAGAGAUGGAUGUGGCUCUUUGGGGCCAUCACAGGGCAGAUUGCUGGAGACCAAAUCCCAGGGCUCUUUGUUGAUCUCCACAGAAUUCCCAGCUGGAUGUGGGAGGGAUCCUUCCAUGGCCAUGGCUUGAUGUCAGGGGACUCUGCUCCUAAAAGGAAGGGCUACCUUACUCCCAAACCCCUCCUCCUGGGCUGUGGGGAGGACAGGGCUGUUAAAAAGCUCCUGUGCUGUCAGUGACAAAAGAAAAUUAGAUUUAGGGCAAAGAAGGAAACUGAGGGUUGAAUUUCUUAACAGUAGCUAAUGAUCAGUUAAUAGUAGCAGCUGUCUUAGAUAAGCAUCUGUGUAGAGCGCGGCAUCACCGUCAGCAUCACCUCAUCCAUAUAGUGACGAGAAAUUUUAAAAAGUUUAAAAAAAAAAUUUAAAAAGUACUUUAAAUGAAAUGUUUGUGUGUAAGAAAUGGUUGAAACCGUCAAAUGUCUGUGUCCCGCGUUGGUGGGAUCUGAGAAGGUAUCUGCGAGAUAUUAACCCUGUCCUACUCUCUGUGGUGCUGAGUGUUUGCUUGGUGUGUAAUUCUGACCUGGAGCUUGUUGUAAAUACUGUUUUUAGUACUAUGAUUAUUAUGAUUAUUAUUAUCAGAAAUGUUGUACUCAUGAGCAAGAGUUGAAAAUAAGAGAAAUGGCCAUUCUCACUCUCUCCUGGGGGCUCAGAAGGAGUCAGAGGCUGGGCCAGGCGAAGGCAGGGAGCCAGUGGGAUGCUGGACAGAGAGUAGCUGGAAAACGUUGGAAUUGGGAGCUGGAGGCAGCCGAGUCCUGCAGGCAGGGCGGUGAGAGCGGGGACGGCUGCUCCUCAUGCUGGGAGGAGAAGGAAGGGCUGAGAGGAAGAGUAGAGGUGAUGCUUCAAUUCUAGCACAUAUAAUUAGUGUUGAUCCAAACCUCCCCGUGUGGAGGUUCCAGGUGGUGCCCUGCAACCCUGCUGAAGCUGCAGGAUCUGUCAGGUUUAGCAUGUGCUGGAAGAGAGAUGGUCAGUAACAGGUUGUGCCGGUCAGAGCCGUCCUCCCGAACAGCUCCUGAGUCUCCAGGCUCAAUUCCUGCCUGGAUCUUCCCUCUCGGUCCCUUGUGCUGCCCCACGCCCCUCUCCUCCCCCUCCCUGGAGCCCAGAUGGGUCUCAAGUUGGGACUUAUUCUUGCAAUAGCUUUUCCUGGCAAAAAUUCCCAUGGCAAGUGCUGAAUGGCCUGGCAGAUGGUCCUUGUGCAGGUGUGAGCACUGGGAAACGAAUUUUUCUCCUCUCCCUCAGGUUGGUGCAGUGAGGGACAGUGGAUAUGGCUGGAAAAUAUGUUACUGCAGGAUAAGCUCCUGCACCAGAGGAGCAGGGACGCGCACAUUGGUAAUGUCAGGUAGCUGCUGCAGAGACACGUUGUGCCAAGGAAACUGCCUCACCUGUGGGGCCAGAGGCUUUACGUGUCGCAGAGCCAUGUUUGCCUGGUGCAGAUGGAUGGAGUAGGGAUGUUCAGGAGCUUGUCCAGUGCCACGGGGCACUAUCAGGGAAAUGUGUGACUGCUUUGGCUGCGUGGUGUUGGCUGGAUGAGGAGUGUCCACCCACUGCUCCAAACCCAUCGUGGCCAGGAGCUCAUGCAGCACUGUGCCCAACCUGCAGCAUGUGGCACGAGCCAGGAUCAUGGUUAUUCCAUGCCUUUCCAUAUCCCUUCAUGCUAUUGGCUGUGUGCAGCUGCAUACUUCAUGCCUCAAUUGAGACUAAUUAAGUAUCCUCAUUAACAUCCUUACUGCCCCAGCCUGUGUCAUUCCUGGAGCAUUCCUACGUACUGUGGUUGUGGACACGGCAUGCAAAACCCCACAGUUCUUGGGGUCACCUUCCUUGUGGUGGGGCUUGAGGUCUCCACUGAUUCCUGAAGGCGUUUAUGAAUUGAGUUCUGAACUGACAGUUUUCAGCCCCGUUUUUGCAGCAGCAUAAGGACAUGGGAAUGUGCCUUGUAGGGGGAGCAUCCUCAGGGCACCCACGGUGUCCCUGCCUGGACCUCGAGUGUGGCAGUGGUGUGAGGGAGGAAAGUCAGGAGGGUGACAUCAUUAUGUGCAUGCACAGGCCUUCCAAGAGCCCUUCUGGAGAAGAGCCUCAGAUUCGGGCAAGACUGAGGAGCUGAAGCUAAAUGAGCUCCCAGCUGGCACCAACAGCCGGGCGAUGGGUGAAGCUGUAGGAAGCUGGGACAACCGGCCUCACAGCCCAAAUUACAGCUCUGUGCCUGCAUUAUCCUGUACAGCAGAGCUCAGCUCUGUCUGUAAAUAGGCACUUCCAAGGAUGCUGGCCCCUCUGACUGCUUCUGGACUGAGCCUUGUCUUAUUAUUUUGGAGUCAUUAAAAAAUCUUGCUCUAACCCAGUUGUGGGGUUGUUUUUGAGUUGACCUUCCAGGGCCGGUGGGAGUUGACGAUUGCAUGCAUCCUACCUCGGGGGUAGGUCAGUAUUGCUGCUCCCUUUCAAAUGUAAACUUCAGCUUGCUUGCUUUAGCUUAGCCCAGCGUGACUCUCUGGCCCUGGCUCUGCAAUCCUGUCUCAUGGGGUUCAUUAUAUCCCUCCCAUGGCAUUCCUGUCCUCCUCGCAGUGGCUGUGCACCCGGCUGUGCACACGCGCACAGAAACGCAUCCGUGGAAAUGAUAUAUGCACAUACACUCUGAUACCACUUGAAAUGAGUCAGGGAAUGGCUGUUUACGGUGCUAGAGAUUUCUUACUCCCCAUGCUAGGGACGAGAUGACAUAGUAAGACCAAUAAACUCCACCUUUGUAGUCAGUUGUCUUCAAGUAAAGCAGCAGAGGCGCACUGGCCCACGCCUACGUGUGGGUGGUCCCUGGUCCCCGGGCUGCAGGGACGCAGGGGACAGCUGGGCAUCCUUGCUCUGGCAUCUCCUCUGCCUCAGUUUCCCACACCCUUUGACAAGGGGACACAGACGCUCCCUCCCCACGGGGACCGCGGGAGAGCCGAUGCCUCCACGUCUCUAAAGUGCUCUGAAAUGGAAAGUACCAAAGUACAGAGUUGGGAUACGCAGCUGUGUGCCCCGGGAGGAACACCCUGGCCCAUGGCUGCAGGAGAGGGUUGGAAGAUGACUGUGUGGGCACAGGGCUGAGCUGUCACCCCGGGGCUCAGCACCCUGGCUGUCCUCUGGGCAGGAUGUGCUCCUCCUGCCACAGCCGGGGUCACCGUCCCCUGUGCCGGGUGGGGAGCUGGCACAGAGUCAUGGAAAGACUUUCCAUCCCUAACAGAGCCUUGUCUGGUUCCCUUCGGUCUGCCACGUGCAUUUCAUUGUCAACUUGAGGUUGUUGUUGUGCAAAAGAAGUGAUUAUGAAAAAAAAUAAAGGAAAAAAAAAGAAAUAAAGUUGGUAUGAAACCGUA